GGCAGCCGUGCGAUGGCGAGGAGCCGGGCGGCUUACGAGUACACAGAGGCGGAGGACAAGAGCAUGCGGCUGGGUUUCCUCCUCAUCGCCGCCGGCUUGCUUUCCCUCUUGGGUCUGGGUUGUUGCUGGCUUCGCCCGGCGCUGCAGGAGCGGGGCGGCGGCGGCUCCGCCAACUGCACGGUGCUGGCGGUGCGGCAGCUGGGGGAGCGCUUCGCCUGCACCUUCUCCUGCGGGGCCGCCUGCCGCGGCACCGCCCGCUACCCCUGCCUGCAGGUCCUGGUCCGCACCUCCCGCUCCUCCGCACCCGCCCUGCUCCAUGAGGACGAGCGGCAGCUGCGCACCAACCCCAAGUGUUCAUACAUCCCUCCCUGUGCAAGAGAUGAUCAGGAGAACUCUGAGAACGUCACAUACAAGCAGAAAUACUGGAAAGAGAAAGUGGGUUCUCAACCAUUUACAUGCUAUUUUAACCAGCACUUGAGGCCAGAUGAUGUGAUGCUGAAGCGCACGCAUGAUGAGACAGUUCUCUUGCACUGCUUCCUCUGGCCUGUGGUGACUUUCCUGGUUGGAGUCCUCAUUGUGGUCCUGACCAUCUGUGCCAAGAGCUUGGCUGUCAGAGCAGAGGCAAUAAAAAAGAAGAAGCAUUUAUGAGUGACAAGGCUGCUCAAGGAAAAGAAGAACCUGCAAGAAGGUCUCAGGCGGGGCAACCUGACACACCUGCAGGUCUGCGGGAGCACCCGGCUGUGUCUCCUUCCAGGGACUGAUCUGUGGUGGAGUUGCUCUUGUCUCAGGAUUGUUCUUGGAAGAUUGCCCCAUGAAAUGCCAGCUAAUUGCUUCUUCUGCUAUGGCACUAAAUAAGUAUAUUCUACCGAAAAAAAGAGAAAAUCUACGCUGCACCAAAUAUGCUGUGUGCUGUUAGUGCUGAAGAGCAGCCACCCAGAAGUUGACAGUUCAUAAAACUCCCUGAUGAUGUUACCUUCAUCUCCACAAACUGAUUUUGCUAAUGCGUCAUAUUAAAUAUUUAAAAUACUUACUUUAGAUAGAACAUGUUUCCAAAGUAAUAAAAUCUAAUUGUUUUGGGGGUUCUAACUUUUUUUUUUUCCCUAGCUUUAAGGCAACCAUAACACUGUGCUGAUUUUUUUUUUUUUUUUUCCCAAUGUGUAGAACUUAAUUUUAAAAUUCAAACUUUACCUUCUGUCUAGCCAAAAUCUUUCACUGUCACCCAUUCACUGUGAUGAAUUGUAGAAAUCUCUCGGA